AAUAGGCGCUCCAGCAUCUGGGUGUAUGGUGUGGGGUGAUUCAGUGCAGGAAUUUUAACAGAAAAAGCUUGAACCCCCCAAAAAGGACUUUUUUGCCUUCUCCGAGCUAUCAAGGAGACCAUGGCGUAUGCCAACAGACUCCGGACAUCCUUACUGGUGAUUUUUCUGCAAAUAUUCCUCAUCUGUUCUGCACAGAGGGGCCCACCUGGUCCCAGGGGGUUACCUGGCCCUCCAGGUUUCCCUGGAAUCGAUGGCAUUGAUGGAGAGAGAGGUCCAGGUCCUGGUUCGGAUGGUCCUCCUGGCCAAGCUGGAGAUGAUGGGAAAAACGGUUCUAACGGACUUCCAGGAAAUCCUGGAGCAGACGGUUUGACUGGGCCUGUUGGGGAUCCUGGUCCAGUUGGGCCCAUUGGACCAAAAGGUGAACCCGGUGAUCCUGGCCUGAGAGGAAAACCUGGAGUUGGAGAGGACGGAGAAGCUGGUGCAGACGGAGAGGAUGGAUUGCCAGGAGAAUUAGGAAAACCCGGACCUCCAGGAAGCCGGGGAGUGCGAGGAGCCACGGGCCGUCCAGGACUGGCAGGACCCAGAGGGCCUCCUGGUGUUUGGAGUGGUGAAGAAUUGUGUCCGAAUUCCUGCACGCAUGGACUGAACGGCCAUAGCGGACAAGCAGGGAUGAAGGGCCACAAAGGUGUCAAAGGUGAAUCCGGAGAACCAGGAAGACAAGGACACAAGGGUGAAGAGGGAGACCAAGGGCCCCUCGGAGAACAUGGAGUGCAAGGAAAAACUGGUCCGCAGGGACUCAGAGGAAUCACUGGUCUGAUGGGUCCUAAAGGCGACCGGGGUUCUCGUGGGGUAGACGGCAGCGUGGGUCCUCAGGGAAUUCAAGGAGCUCCUGGUGAUCAAGGCCAAAGAGGAAAAGUGGGCGAGACUGGACCAAGAGGUGCUCCAGGCAUUCUGGGACUUCCAGGCAUUUUAGGUUUACCAGGACCUAAAGGACAAGCUGGCUUGCCAGGAAUAGAUGCUCGUGAGGGAAUCCCCGGAUUGCCAGGCGUGAACGGAAUCCCUGGGAAAGCAGGCCCUCCAGGCGAUGCUGGCCCUCAAGGCCUGCCUGGUUUGCCAGGAAUUCCAGGUGCCAAUGGGCAGACUGGACCAAAGGGAAACUCUGGUGACCCAGGCGUAGCAGGACCGAUUGGGAACAACGGAAAACAAGGUGAACGUGGAGAACAGGGCGAAGUUGGACCAGUGGGGCCAAGAGGUGGACCAGGUGAGAGAGGGGUGAGGGGUCCAGAUGGGCCUCAAGGGCAGCCAGGUUCAAGGGGACCUAAAGGGAACCUCGGUCUACCUGGUUUUCCAGGUGAAGCCGGUUUUCCUGGUCAGAAAGGUGACAGGGGCGCAGUUGGACUCACCGGGCCCAAAGGGGAGCAGGGUGCACCUGGUGAAGAGGGCACGCCCGGAGAAAAAGGCGACGGUGGUGAUCAAGGGGAACCGGGCGAGAAAGGUUCACUGGGAAAACCAGGCGAUUCCGGAAACAAAGGUCCGGAGGGAAUGCGUGGACAGCAGGGAAUUGAAGGUGAACCGGGUCUCCCGGGACCCAGAGGGAUGCAGGGAGACCGCGGAGAGCGAGGCUUACCCGGGUCACAUGGACAACCGGGUAAAGGACCCACAGACAAACACAUCAAGCACGUCUGCAUGAGGGUUAUGCAAGAGCAGCUUGCUCAGCUUGCUGCGAGCUUAACGAGGCCAGAGUCCGGCGUCGCCGGGUUGCCAGGUCCUCCCGGUCCACCCGGCCCCCUUGGAUCACCUGGAGAGAGCGGUUUCCCAGGACACACAGGAGCCAGAGGGUUGCCAGGUCUUAAAGGGCCUCCUGGGAUUAUUGGUCAAAAAGGACCUAAAGGUAACACUGGAGACCGAGGAGACAGAGGACCUGCAGUACAAGGGCCUAAAGGCAUUCCUGGGCUACCAGGUCUACCAGGUGAACCCGGGCAGCCGGCGUACGGCAAUGACGGACGCGAUGGCAUCAAAGGGCCUCGUGGUGAACCGGGAAUGGCCGGCAUUCCAGGACCACCUGGGCCUCACGGUCUUAACGGAUACUGCGAACCGUCACAGUGUGUCCUCAAAGAACCACCACCAUCUCCCAAUAACAUAAAGGGACCGGAUGCACUUUAAAUAAAUAAAUAAAUAAAAAAGUGUGACCACAAAAGUUCAGAGACUAAAAGGAGAAAACCCCUUCCCUGGUGGAGUCCAUAUUUCGAAGGGGUAUCCAGUGUAGUACUUUUUCUGUGAUCAAAGUGUGACUGAUCACAUUUCCUAUAAAUCAGUAUGCAUAUACAGACUUCCUAGAAAAGACCUGAAUUUGUUCAUUCUUUUCUUAUUUUCCAUCGAGAGGGUUAUUUUCACCCCAUAAAAAUCGUGAAACAUUAAAUCUAUAUGUAUGGUCACAUUUGAAAUGCAAAGUGUUUAAACUCGUACAUAAUGUAAAUACAGUUGAUCUUUACCUCACACUGACUGCUCUUCAUAUUCUCCAUGACACUUUUUACACCUUCAGAGUUUAAAAAACAAAACAAAAAGAGUAUUAAAAAUCAGUGUAAAUCAAUUUUAACAUUCAAUUAACGAAGUGUAAUGAAGUGUCUUCGCUAUUCACCGUAUCCCUUCCUACAUUCAAAUGUGUGAACUUUUCAGUGGUUUUAUUUAUUUUCGGUUUAAUGUCACACCGACAUUUGUGGAAAUGGGUAAAUAAAUGGUUUUGAUAAA